AUGUAUGCCAAUCCAAUAGUAGCCUGGGCACUUACAUUUAAUUGUGGAGAGGUUUUAAACUUUAUUUUUAAAAAUUUCAAAUUUUUUAAGGUAACACACUUUGCCCAUUUUGUCGUCUAUUGGCUUGCCCCGUUGUUUGCCUUUUUCCUCUCCAAAUGGCUUUUGUAGAAGACCAAAGCCGCACAAAUGUCCACUAUUUUUGCCUGCGAUGCUCUGCUGGGGCAAACGAGGAGAAAAAAUUUUUUCUAUUGAUCUUA